UCACAACUCUCUCAGUGAUUCUGAGAGUGGCAUGACUCGCAACUUGGUGGCUACUGACGAAGAUGACUCAGCAUCUGGUCCGGAACUCACUCCAGAGGAAAUCGAGGCUCUUGUGAAGGAUGCCAGAAAGAAAAGAAAGUUGGACUUAAAGCAACUCUCAAGUCUGUCUGCUUCAAAGAGGAAUCCUUUUAAUUCUGACUCUGAUUCAGAGGAUGAACAGCCAUUGAUUCGAGUCCGACAGUUUGCUUCUCAUGUGGAUAGAGAAUCAAGCCUGUCUUCAACCCACACAACUACAAUCAACACACCUCCUGAUUCACAGGAAGACAGUGAUCCAAAAGAUACUGUUGUUCGACGCAAAAGGAGAAGAUAUGAAAAGAUGGUGUAUGAGGGCCAAUAUUAUCGGUUUAAGGAAGGAGACCCUGGGGUGGUUGAGCUCUCCUUCAAUGUUUAUGUGCUUGAGAAGGACUUGAAGAGAAUUAAGAGGGAUAGUAAAAGCGGACCAAUGAUGGCGCGCCUCCUUCUUAAAGCUAUUUACACAAAAGAGGCGUGCAAUGAUUGUUCUCCCACUGGCCGCCCAUCUGGGAGGGAGAAAAUACAGCGGCCUCCUCUUCAUGCUGAUGGCAUUAGUGCUGCUCAUGACUUUAUCACCAAAAGAGCAGAAAAACGUCACUGGCCUGCAAUCACCACAACUGUAGUCAAGAAAGCAUUUAGUGAUGUCCUGUGUGAGGACAGGUACACAGCCAAGCUAUUUGCUGAAGAUAAAAUGCAGAAGGAGGCUGCUGCUGCUUCUGCUGCACUUCUUGCUGAAGCUGCUGGCAGUAGGGAAGGUUGAACUGGGGCUGCUAUGUCUCAUUGUUCUGUGAGAUGUUCAG